AUGCCGUUCAAGACGUCCAGUACCAGCCUUUCAUCGUCAGAAAACCCGUCUCGAAAAGUGCUUGUUGAAGACGAUGAUCUCCUCCGUCGAGUACGCAGCAGCCGACCUGCUGAAACUCUCAAACGCGCAUUGACAGCUCCUACAUCUUCGUGGGGGCACCGAAAGAGGCUCCCAAGUAUUCAAUUGGGCUCCUCUGACCCGGGUGUCGAGGAUUUCGUAUUGUCGUCGCGUAUAGCGAGCGAAGGUUUCGAGGUAUUGACCAUCGGUGACAUCGCGUGCAGUCCGCAAGAGCUGACUUCGAUUUUGUGUCCCCGUGAUGAGAGCGACUACAAUGCAACUAUGAAGGGCCUUCACGACGACCAGUUCAUCUAUGGCUCCGUCGUACACGUUCUAAACGGGGAGGAGGCACAUCUCUCGAUGCCAGAAAGCCACCAACUAACAGUGAGGACGGGAUGCUUCUUGCGGUCCAGAUUACUGGCACGCAACGAGCAGUGGUGCACUCUCGAGUAUUUCCAGCCUACCGUAGACGAUGAUUCGUCUCAAGGUUUCUCCAUCUCAAUUUUAUCGUUAUCGGACAAGGAACUCGCGGCUGGGAAAGUCAUCGGGGACAGAGUGACUCAACUUGACGACAUUAAUGGAUUAUUUAUUGUCGACUCGAUGCCUGCCAGUGAGGGUGCUAACAAAGUGCGCGUGAUAUUCCACUUACGCCACUGUGGAAAGAACAAACGCGAUGGAUCUGCGAGCACUAAAGUAGUGCGAGACCGUCUGGUGUCCUUGGCGCAAGGGAUUCCUCGCCUCCCAGUCGUUGUGCGACGGCGACGUCUAGGCACACAGGUGUUUGCACAUCAGUCCGCCCAAGUGGAGAUGCAGAAUACCUGCUGUAUUGCGUGCACCAAGGGCCUACGACUGAGCACAUGGAUACGACUUGCUCGUCGAUGUCAACUAUGCGCUCAUAAUGUCUGCACGUCUUGCUGGACCCGCCAAAGCGUGGAGACUUGCAAUGGACGGGUCGAAGAGAUGGGUGUCUGCAGACGUUGCCUUGAGUGGGUGGACAGCUGCAACUACUCGCAUAUCCAAGUUCGUGGACCAGCUCGGAUUGUAGAGGACCCAGUAUCCCAGAAGCGUCGUUGGGGUCAAAGUCUGCAUGAAAGCCUCACAGGGGACGCAACAAGAGAGGCAACAAUGACGGUGGUUAAGCUGCUACUGAGCCCAGCCGACGAACGAAAUAGUAAGGCAGAAAACACGGAUACUGUCAAAGAUGAAGACGAUUACAUGGCAGCCGUCGAAGAGUAUUUCUUUCGGAGCUCUGAGAGGGCACCGGCAGCCAAAGACUGUAAGCUCGCAAAUGCCCAGCAGCGAACUUAUCCAUUGCAUCCGAUGGACAGAUCAUCGCCAUCUGCUCCUAUCCCUGACAACGAAGUAGCCCGAUUGGCUUGUAUCGACAGACUCGGCCUCAUGGACAUGAAGGAACCGAUGCUGGAACUGGACGUAAUCUCGUCAUUCAUUAGCAAAGAACUGGGCGUACCGUGUGUGAUGAUCACGAUAGUUGGCGAAACGCAUGUGCUGGUACUAAGCUCUUCAGUACUGGAGCAUGUGCAAACACUUUUACCCCGUGAACAAACGUUCUGCCAGCAUUUAUUAAUGGGUGAUGCGCCGUUCAUAAUCCGAAACCCGGAAGCGGACAUUCGCUUCCACAAUAUGAAUCCCGUCACGCGCGAGGGUGCCAAAUUUUACUGCGGGAUUCCUGUCGUGGCUCCCAAUGGAGUGGUGGUAGGCUCCAUUUGCUGCAUCCACACUGCGCCGAUGGAUAUAACGCGAUCACAGUAUUAUAUGCUCAAGCGCUUUGGCCAGAUCGCGUCCAAAAUUAUUAAAGUUAAGUCCGAGGUGAAGGCUUCACGGUGA